AACAUGUCGUCACAUAUCGGAGCUGUACGAUGUCACUUGGGAAGAGAUGCGUGACAAACUCCGGAAGUGGAGGGAAGACAAUUACAGGAACAGUGAGCAGAUUGUGGAUGUCGGUGAGGUGAUUAAUGAGCAUGCGUCUAAACUGGGAGAUGACAUUUGGAUAAUUUACGAGCAGGUGAUGAUCGCCGCGCUGGACUGCAGUCGUGAUGAUCUGGCCUGGAGUUGCCUACAGGAGCUGAAGAGGCAGUUUCCAGACAGUCACAGAGUGAAGCGAUUAGCAGGGAUGCGGCUGGAGGCUCUGGAGAGGUAUGACGAUGCCAAUAAGCUGUACGACUCAAUACUACAGGACGACCCGACUAAUACGGCAGCGAGGAAGCGCAAGAUCUGCAUCCUCCGAGCGCAGGGCAAAAGCAGCGAGGCCAUCCGCGAACUCAACGAAUAUCUGGAGCAGUUUGUGGGAGACCAGGAAGCCUGGCAUGAGCUGUCCGAACUCUACAUCAAUGAGCAUGAUUAUGCAAAAGCAGCUUUUUGUCUUGAAGAGCUGAUGAUGACAAACCCACACAAUCACCUGUAUUGCGAACAGUACGCAGAGGUAAAAUACACGCAGGGAGGUCUGGAAAAUCUCGAGCUGGCCAGGAAGUAUUUCGCACAGGCACUGAAGCUUAACAACAGAAACAUGAGGGCCUUGUUCGGCCUUUACAUGUCGGCAAGUCAUAUUGCUGCCAGCCCUAAAGUCAGCGCAAAGGUGAAGAAGGAUAAUGUGAAGUACGCAGCAUGGGCCGCCGCUCAGAUCAGCAGAGCCUAUCAGAUGGCCGGCCGUGGGAAGAAGGAGAACAAAUGCUCGGUGAAGGCGGUGGAGGAAAUGUUGGAGUCCCUGCAGAUCACCAUGUCUUAAACCUCAGCUCUGCCCCCCUCCUUCCUCCAACCUCUGUCACCACAACACCAUGGCAGCUCUCCCUGCUCACUAGAGUCCACCACUACAACCACCCACAGACCAGACCACCCAACCCAACCUCCUCAGUAUCAGUUCAUCCUUUUUUAUAUUGUUUCGAGUUCUUCUGGUAGGCUUCAAACACCCAAACCAUUCCUCACUUGAGUUCUUGAGCCAGCCACAAGCACUCCUUUAUUUAUUAUCAUUAUUAAGAGCUUAUCGGUGGGUCACUUGGUGGAAUCAGAUUGGUCUGCGAUGGAAGAGCGAGCAUAAAAAGGAUAAUCUAGCUAAUGUUUCUAGAUCGGUCAGUUCUUGUAGUUUAUAAGGGUUUGUUUAGAGAGUAAAUGUUGAGAUGAUGGAAACGUGCUAACUGUACAUGCAACAACAACAAAAAAAAUGGCUUAUGGCUUGUCUGUCAUGGCUUAUCUGUUUUUCCUUAGCAAAAUAAAGGACUGCAUUUUUUGACUAACAAUA